AUGGCCGACGCACUAGCCUCACAAAUGAAAAGCACUUCCUUAGGGGAUACCAGCUCAGAUGCGAAGUGGAAGGAACAAUUAAAUGUCCCCGCCAAGGAUGCGAGACCACAGACUGAGGAUGUUACUGCUACGAAAGGCCUCGAAUUCGAAGAUUUCUACAUCAAACGUGAACUCAUGAUGGGAAUCUUCGAAGCUGGAUUCGAGAAACCAUCACCUAUCCAAGAAGAAACGAUACCUGUCGCCCUCACCGGCCGAGAUAUCCUAGCCCGAGCCAAAAACGGCACGGGGAAAACAGCGGCUUUCGUCAUCCCAACCUUGGAACGCAUUAACCCCAAAAGCACCAAAACGCAGGCUCUCAUUCUGGUUCCCACAAGGGAAUUGGCUCUUCAGACUUCUCACGUCUGUAAAACUCUGGGGAAACAUCUUGGCAUCAACGUUAUGGUUACUACAGGCGGGACAGGAUUGAUGGAUGACAUCAUCCGCUUGAACGACGCCGUCCAUAUUCUUGUCGGAACGCCUGGACGAGUGUUGGACUUGGCGAGCAAAGGUGUCGCUGAUCUUUCUGAAUGCCCUACAUUCGUCAUGGAUGAGGCCGACAAAUUGCUAUCGCCUGAAUUCACCCCGGUCAUUGAACAGCUGUUGUCAUUUCAUCCCAAGGAUCGUCAAGUGAUGCUCUUCAGUGCCACUUUCCCACUGAUUGUGAAAUCCUUCAAGGACAAACACAUGCGCAACCCUUAUGAGAUUAACCUCAUGGACGAGCUCACCCUAAGAGGAAUCACGCAGUACUAUGCAUUUGUGGAGGAGAAACAGAAAGUCCAUUGUUUGAACACGCUGUUUUCAAAAUUACAGAUCAAUCAAUCAAUCAUCUUCUGUAAUUCCACCAAUCGGGUUGAGUUACUCGCAAAGAAGAUCACUGAGCUGGGGUAUUCCUGCUUCUAUUCACACGCAAGGAUGCUUCAACAACAUCGAAACCGAGUAUUCCACGACUUUCGCAACGGCGUUUGCCGUAAUCUCGUCUGCUCCGACCUCUUGACCCGCGGUAUUGACAUUCAAGCUGUCAAUGUCGUCAUCAACUUUGACUUCCCUAAGAAUGCUGAAACCUAUCUUCAUCGGAUUGGUCGGUCAGGUCGCUUCGGACAUCUCGGACUUGCUAUCAAUCUCAUCAACUGGGACGACCGUUUCAAUUUGUAUAAAAUUGAACAGGAACUGGGAACGGAAAUCCAGCCCAUUCCUCAGAACAUCGACAAAAAGCUCUAUGUUUACGAUUCACCUGACACAAUCCCACGCCCUAUCGCGAACCCAUCACAACCUCAGAUCAAUACCACAGUCACAAAUGCACCUGCCGCAGAUCGUCGUCCUACUCACCAUGCGAAUGGCGGGCAUUAUCAGUUUCAUCGGGGCCGAGGCUCAUACCGCGGAGGCCGGGGCCAGGGCCAACGUCGCAGCAUUCAUAACGAUGCGAAGCAAUUUAGCGCCUCUCAAGGUCAGACAGGCGGCAAGAAUCAUACUACACCAGUGUCAUAA